UGCACUCAAAAUUAUCUACAAAAUUUUAAAUGCGUGUGGUUCCGCUCACUUAUGGGUCAAAAACCAUAUCUCCGAAACUACUCGACCAAUUUCAAUGAAAUUCGGUUCACAAUAUCUUCUUAGCUUCCCAAUGAUAUUUUGUGAAAAUAGUUCAAAUCGGUUCUCACUCAAGCCCCUUUCCCAUAUACCAGUACUUUGAAGUCGAUCUAGAUCGUUUACCUUAACAUAUAUAACGUAAGCACUAGUGAAGAUAUCGGAACAGAACUUUGCACAAAUACUACAUUUGUAGUGUCGCAUCGCCCUCCUAAAAAUCGCCAAAAUCGGACCAUAAGUAUUCAAGGCCUCAUAUAUCGAAUAUGAGAACAUCGCAGCUUCGAAUAAAUUUUUUACCGAAAAUAUAGGUGAGUCUUUUAGAUAUUUUGAAGAAAUUCAGAGGGAAUAUUUUUCUUCUAAUCAUAUGUCUCUGUGCCAAAAAUGGGUGAAAUCGGGUCAUAACUUCCCUUAGCUCCCAUAUACCUAAUGUUAAGGGUUUGAAACUUUCAAUGGAUUUUAUAUCAUAUAUAUGAGUCAAAUUGUUUGUUAUUUUAAUAAAAUUAAAUAAAUAAAUUGCGAGAGUAUAAAAUGUUCGGUGUCACCCGAACUUAACCCUUCCUUACUUGUUAUAUCUUAGUUAUAGCACGUUUUCGGUGGUUUUCAAUUUUUACUCAAGUUAUAGCAUAUACGAACGGACAGACAGCGGGUGAGAUAGAUUUUAUAAAAAACUGUUUUAAAAAUUGUCUCGGUUCUAAAUACAAUAUAAAUAUAGUAAACUAAAUCGGUCCAUAUAUAUGCUCUUAUGUAUUCCCACAGCUCCACUAACCUUGCUAUACUUACAGAAAUUUGUAUAUUCCAUAAUUAGAAUGUACGUUUGUACGUAAUUCUGGGUUAAGGUCAUGCUGCUGCACGCCAAGAAAUUUUCAAUGUCCUUUCUGCAUCGCCUACCCGCAACCACUCUUGGCUGCUUAUGAAACUUAUACUAUGUUGACAUUUAACGGCGCAAAUGUAAAUAAAAGUAUAAAAUACAAAUAUCAACAACAAUAAAAGUAAUAAAUUUUUAAUGUCUACACCGGACCGCCUCUUUCGGUCGGCAAGUUUUCUUAAUGUCAGCCAACAAUGAACAAGGACAUAGUACGAUUUUGGUGAUUACCCGGAGAGGUUUACGAUUUUUAGUGCGGUCUAACUAAAGCUCAAAACUAAGAUCUUAUUUUAAAAAUAAUGUUUAACAGUUAUAAUCGUCGCAAAAAGCAUGAUACCGUUUUCUUAAAUGUCAAACCCACUUUUAACGGUCAAGGUGGCGGCCUACGGAAGUACUCAACCGGUUUGCUUGAUAAGGAGGAUAAUCCGUUUUACGAUGUGCACAGUAGCAACGGUAGUCGGGCAUCGGUCGGAACUAUAACCACAUUGAAUGAGAAUUUUCGAGCUAAUAUCUUUUACAAUAAUAUUGCGCCAAUUCAAUGGUUUCUGCAUAUACUCGGAGUUUUACCCAUAACGCGUCGAGAGCCCGGCAAGGCAAAAUUUCGCAUAAAUUCGAUCGCUUUUGGCUAUUCGUUUGCGUUCUUUAUACUUUUAUCGGUCUUUGUUGCUUAUGUGGCUAAGAAUCGUAUAACAAUUGUAACCUCAUUGAGUGGCCCAUUUGAGGAAGCCGUGAUUGCCUAUUUAUUUCUGGUAAAUAUUUUACCUCUAAUACUGAUUCCAAUAUUAUGGUGGGAGGCGCGCAAAAUCGCUAAAUUAUGGAAUGAUUGGGACGACUUUGAGAUUUUAUAUUACCAAAUAUCGGGUCACAGCGUGCCCUUGAAUCUGCGUCGUAAAACAACGAUGAUUGCGGUGAUUUUGCCGAUUUUAUCAAUUUUAUCGGUCGUCAUAACACAUAUAACAAUGGCGGAUUUUCAAAUGAUUCAAGUAAUUCCAUAUUGCAUCUUGGACAACCUGUCCGCCAUGUUAGGCGCUUGGUGGUUUAUAAUAUGCGAGAGUCUCAGUGAGACGGCCAAUAUACUAGGCGAGCGAUUUCAAAGGGCUCUCCGUCACAUCGGUCCCGCCGCCAUGGUCGCCGAUUAUCGCGCUCUAUGGCUACGUUUGAGCAAAUUGACACGCGAUACGGGCAAUGCGACCUGCUACACCUUCACUUUUAUCAAUUUGUAUCUCUUUUUCAUCAUUACACUCUCCGUUUAUGGUCUCAUGUCACAGCUCUCCGAAGGCUUUGGCAUUAAGGAUAUCGGUUUGGCUAUAACCGCGAUUUGGAAUGUAUUUCUGCUUUUCUACAUCUGUGAUAAAGCACAUUACGCCUCCUUCAAUGUGCGCACUAAUUUUCAGAAGAAGCUGCUGAUGGUCGAACUGAAUUGGAUGAAUUCCGAUGCACAGACCGAGAUAAAUAUGUUCAUACGCGCGACGGAAAUGAAUCCAUCGAAUAUCAAUUGCGGUGGAUUCUUCGAUGUGAAUAGGAAUCUCUUCAAAGGGCUGCUCACCACGAUGGUCACAUAUCUGGUGGUCUUGCUGCAGUUCCAAAUCAGCAUACCCACGGACACUGGUCGGCACAUGAACGUUUCAGUGGCUGACUUAGCUACCGAUAUGCUGAUGGAUAGCGCUGAAAUUGAGUUAAGUACCACCAGUACAACAUCGACUACAACAACCACAACGACUAAGAUGCCACCGCCGGCACGUGCUAGGAAGGGUUAGAGCAUUUGAAGUGAUUAUUUUUAAUAUUUUUUAAAUAUUUUUAGAGGUUUUGAUAUAUUAAAUAUGUACAUUUUGUGUAUGUUGAAUAUAGUAGAAUUUAAAAAAUAAAGUAAAAAUUGAGUGCUCU